AUAUUACAUUGUGCAAGUGUGUGUGAGCGCCUUAAACAAACCCGUAUUCGCAUAUAGAUAUUCCGCUAGUCUAAUCAGAAUUCAGUGCCAUUAUGCAACGUCACUGCGCUCCAGCGUUUAAUUCCAACAAUUGCAUUUAACCAGUGAUAUUUUAUUGUUACAUUGAAGAUCAAACAUUAGACACACAGACAGGCAAAAUGCUUCGCAGCUGCCGAUUAACCCUAUCCGCCGCCAAGAGAAGCCUGCAGGCUCAGAUCCAAUUUCAAGUCCAGCGCCAGCAGCAAACCGCCUGUAGCAUGGACAAGUUCGAUCUGCCCAAGAGAUUGCAGGGCAGCACGCCCAGCGUCUGGAACGAGUACAUCGCCCUAGCCAUGCAAUACAAGCCAUUGAAUCUGGGCCAGGGAUUCCCCGACGAUGCCGCCCCCGAGUACGUGACUCAGGCGCUGGCGGACAUUGGCAAGGACGAGAAUCCUCUCCUGCAUCAGUACACUCGCGGCUACGGGCACGUCCGGCUGGUCAAUGCGCUCUCGAAGCUGUACAGCGGUCUUGUCGACAAGGAACUGAAUCCCCUCAAUGAUAUCCUGAUUACCUCUGGCGCCUACGAAGCGCUCUACUCCACCAUCAUGGGCCAUGUGGACGUUGGCGAUGAGGUGAUAAUCAUUGAGCCCUUCUUCGACUGCUACGAGCCAAUGGUCAAGAUGGCUGGCGGAGUGCCCCGCUUUAUUCCCCUCAAAUUGAGCAAAACGGAGGGUCCCAUCAGCUCGGCGGACUGGGUGCUGGACGAUGCCGAAUUCGAGAGCCUGUUUAACUCGAAAACCAAGAUGAUAAUCCUGAAUACACCCCACAAUCCAAUUGGAAAGGUCUUCAACCGUAAGGAGCUGGAGCGGAUUGCCGAACUUUGCCGCAAGUGGAACGUACUAUGCGUGUCGGAUGAGGUGUACGAGUGGCUUGUCUUUGACGGAGCGGAGCACAUCCGCAUCUGCACACUGCCGGGCAUGUGGGACCGUACCAUCACCUUGGGUUCGGCGGGCAAGACCUUCUCCGUGACCGGCUGGAAGAUCGGAUGGGCUUACGGACCAGCCCAGUUGAUCCGCAACCUGCAGAUGGUGCACCAAAACUCGGUAUACACCUGUCCCACGCCCCUGCAGGAGGGCGUGGCGCGAAGCUUCGAGGUGGAACUGGCUCGUCUGGGCAAGCCGGAGAGCUACUUCCUCAGCUUGCCGCGCGAACUUAAGCAGAAACGAGACUACAUGGCCAAAUUCUUGACCGAUGCCGGUAUGCGACCCACCAUUCCCGAGGGCGGCUACUUUAUGCUGGCUGACUGGUCGCCUCUGACGGACAAAGUCGAUCUGAGCUCCGAGCCAGACAAGCACCGCGACUACAAGUUCACCAAGUGGAUGACCAAGAACAUGGGCCUGCAGGGCAUUCCGCCCAGCGCCUUCUACAGCGAGCCCAACAAGCAUCUGGGCGAGGACUUUGUGCGCUACUGCUUCAUCAAGAAGCAGGAGAACCUGGACAAGGCGGCCGAGCUACUCGGCAAGUGGAAAUAGUCGCCGGACAAUAAACGAAUUUGUUUCAA